UGUAUAUGUCAUUAUAUAUUAUAAAUACUGGCUAUUUUAAUUGUACUGUCAUGAGAUAAUAUGUCAAUUAUGAAGAUUAUGCAUGUUCGUUGACAAAGAAGGGUAGUUGUAGGUGAAUGUCAACUAGCAAGCUUUUGGUUUCUGUUGUAAUUAGGCAGGAUUAGCAACAAUACUCCAUGAGUUCUUCGUUUUCACACAUAGCCUACUUGAAUUGUUAACCGUUUACUAUGAACAACUUAUUUUGAAUGUAUUGAGAUGACGGCACACAUGCUUUGAAUGAAAACGCUAACACGUCGCGUUAAAACGCAUGGGAAGUUAACUUUACGCACAAGCACGUUCUCGUUGUUAGCCCUCGUGGAAAUGUAAUUAGCAUAAUACGUCAAAUAAGCUGCUUCGUGGACAUACAUGUCAAUGAGUCUGAUAGUUUAUUUCAUUACUCUUCCCAUCCGUGAUUCAUAUGCCAGAAUGUUGUGUAAUCGUGAUUUCACGUUAUGUGCCACUGUCGGGUAGGCUAUGUGCAACACAGCGGCCUUACUGCACUGGGAGCAAACGAGGAGAGGUCACGAAAGCGCUCAAGCGUGCUACCAAUCUUGCUGGCAGGCACGAGAUUACCCACGUUCUGUCGACGCUUUCAAUUUGGUUCGGUCCUCUGGCUACAGCAUCGCGCAUUGUUAAAAGACGAUGACUGUCGUGUUGUAUUCAUGUGUUGCUUACAAUCGUUAAUUUGUCUUUACAUUUUCCAUAGUCCAAAAAAUGUGGCCAAAGAAAGGUUUAAACGUCGCAUGGAAAAACUCAGACGACAUCAUGAUGAGUGCACGAGGAAACAUUCACCGAAGACAAAGGAAAGUCCGAAGCAAUCACCAAGGUCUGACACCAUGACACAUCAUCAGGACCCAGAUGAUGAACCCCCACCUCCCUAUAAUGAAGACACCUUUGCCUUGCAGAUGAUGUGUACAGAAGUCUUGGACAGUGACGCGGAUACAGUCAUUUUUGAAUUGCCCAGUUCUUCUGCAGCAUCAGAAGCCCAAGAAGUUCCAAAGCUAGAGAGGACUGAGAGUGUAUUUCUUACUAAAAAAUCAUUACACAUCGGUUCAGCUUCAGAUGACAGCUUCUCAGAUAUAGUUAGCAGCAUUGAAAACAGCGAUGAUGACUUUGUGCCGGAUUCAGAGAGCUGUUCAGAAGAAUCUGAAGAGAGCCUUCCAUGUGGAAAAAGGAGACGUCUGUCACAGACCAGUCUCUCAUCUCCCAAUGUGACCUUAGACAGCAGUGAUGAUAAUUCAUCUUCCAUGAAUGCAGCCCAACAGUCUUCCUCUCCUGAAGAUAAGGAGACAUCAACUCAGCCAGUCGAGGAUGUCAACAGUGAUGUUUCGGUAAUGAAAUUGAAGAAGACUGCAUAUGGCCAAAGAGUGUACAACAAAAAGCAGUAUUGCUUUUACUGCUGCAAACCAUUCAGCAAGAUGGCAAGGCACUUGGCCCAAAUACAUAAGGAUGAGGUGGAGGUUGCAAAAGCACUUUCUUUUACGAAGGGGUCUAAAGAAAGAAGGGUUCAUCUAGAUCUUUUGCGUAACAAAGGGAAUCGUGCACACAACGUAAACGUUCUGAAAGCAGGCAAAGGUGUAUUGGUGCCACGUCAACAAGCAACUGCCAAGCAGGUAGACGUGAAUGACUAUGUGCACUGUUUACACUGCCAAGGGCUGUUCAGACGAAAGGCUCUUUGGAGGCAUAUGGCAAGGUGUAAUUUGGCGAAGAAGUGCCAGCUCACAAAACCAGGCAGAUCUAGAGUUCAAGCACUCUGCGCAUAUGCACAGCCUGUCCCUGAAGGGGUAAGUAAGAAGUUAUGGAAGCUCAUAAGUGACAUGAAGCAAGACAAAGUAACACAGGCAGUUAAAAGUGAUGUAUGUAUCAUCAGAUUUGGAGAACAUUUGUGUAACAAAAUGGGCAAUGACAAAACUAAGCACGAAUACAUAAGAACUAAAAUGCGUGAGGCUGGAAGGCUGUUGGUGUGUGCCAAGAAAAGGGGAACGCUAAAUGCAAUCAAAGACUUUUUCAUACCUUCAAACUUCUACAAUGCCAUUCAGGCUGUUAAAGACACAGCAGGAUUCAAAGAUGAAGAAGAGGUCUUCACAGUCCCCUCUUUGGCUUUGAAACUGGGCCACACCCUCAAGAGAAUGGCGGAUAUUGCUGAAUGUGAGGCAAUGAUGGCAGGAGAGGAAAGCAGCAUACAGAAUGUGAAGCGCUUCAAAGACAUGUACACCACUAAAUGGAAUGAGUGUGUGUCAGCAUCAGCCUUGAAAACCCUGAGAGAAGCAAAGUGGAACUCUCCAGAACUUCUUCCUUUCACAGAAGAUGUCAAAAAAAUGCAUAUGCACCUCAACAAGAAAACUAAACAGUAUCAGGAAAAAAUCAAAGCCGAGAAAAACCAGAAGAAUUGGUCACAGCUUGCCCAAGCGACUUUGUGUGAGGUAAUCCUAUUUAAUCGCCGAAGACCUGGAGAAGUCUCAAAAAUGAAAUUGAACACAUUCCUUCUCAGAAACACUUCAGUAAGCGAGACCGAAAGGUCCCAAUACUCCUGA